CGGAAGUAAACAAUGACAAAGUCAGAGCAGCCGCAGGUUGUCCUUUAUUCGUCUAUGAAGUGAAAGUGUUUUAGGUUUUAAAGUGUUUUAAAUCUAACCGCGAUGGUCAACAUCGGACUCCGGAAGGUCGAUGACGCGCUCGUGGAGAAACAUCCGGGUUUACAGGACUAUGCUGUCUGCCAGUCACGUGCGUUUAUGAAAGGAACUGGAAGCUUCGUAAUUGGUACAGUGAGCAUGUUUUUGGCACAGGUAGCACUACAGAAAAGACUGAAGUAUCCACUGAAGUGGAACCUUCUAAUAUCUGUUGUGACUUCCUCUGUGUUCAGCUACACUGUAACACGUCGGGAGACAGCAAAGUGCACAGAGCUGUGGGUUUUCCUGGAAAAAGGGCAAGUACCUGAUUCCAGUCCAUCUAAGGAUGAGCUUCUAACUCCAGCAACUCCAAAAGUCACAAAAUAUGGCGAUACAAUGGAGUAAGUGGGAACUGAUGGCGUGAUUAGCAAACAGAGUGUGAUGAUGGAAUGUGUUCAAACUGUAUAUUCUUUCUUUUUUUACUUUUAUUAUUUAAAUAAAUCCAAAUAAUGUAUAAACUCAGAUAC